AUGGAGGCGGCGGAACGACUAGACACAAAAACUAAGGCGUGCGGUUGUAAAUUUGAAGUGAAAGUCCAACGCAUGGAUUUUGCGUGGAAAAUUGUUAAGCGUGAAGGUCAUGGCACGCACAAUCAUAGUUUGGUUGUGUAUGAAGAGGGUCAUCGAGGUAUAAAUGGUCUAAGUCCACGAGCUAAGAAUCUCAUUCGUCAGAUGAACAAUGCGCACGCCAAGCCAAAAGUGAUUAUGCCCGCCGUGCAAACAGAGUAUCCAGAUGAUCAUCCUAAUAUGAGGCACAUUUACAACUACAAAGAUAAAAUUAGACGGGAUGCAAAUGAAGGAAGAAAUCCCGCUCAACAAUUCUUGCACCUGGAGAAAGAGCACAAGUAUGUUCAAUGGAUCGCCGUCGAAGAGGGGAGUAGGGCGGUACCUCACGCGUUCGUUUCCCACCCUUCAAUGGUGGAAGUUCUACGUACAUACCCAUUGGUCAUUGGCAUGGACACGACAUACAAGACUAACAAAUAUGGAUUUCCUUUCUUGGAGAUUGUUGGUGUGACACCGACAAAUCAGAAUUUUCUGAUCGCUUAUGCAAUUAUGAAAGAUGAGACGGCAGACAGCUAUCGAUGGGUGUUGGAAAAGUUGAAGAUGCUCCUCGGGGCCUCCGUGAGCCCAAAGGCAAUCCUGACAGAUAAAGAACCGGGCCUGUUGAAACCGGUUGCUGAGGUGUUUCCCAACACAGCUCACUUGUUGUGUACAUGGCAUAUAAACAAUGAUGUAGAGGCUCGUGUUGGGAAGAUUUGUGGAAACAAGUUGAAUGGUGAAUAUUUCAAGAACGGGGUGUGGAAGAGAAUCAUGAAUGCUACUUCAGAGGCUGUGUAUAAUGCGGUAGUCGCAGACAUGGAAGAGAAUUGGUCAAGAUGGUCGGCAAUUAUGACAUAUGUCCAUGGUACAUGGCUUAAACAUAAAGAGAAGUUCGUUCGAUAUGAAACAAACAAAGUUCUUCACUUCGGAAACAGAACAACUUGUAGGGUCGAGAGCCAACAUUCAGUUUUGAAGAGUUGGCUUGGCAGAUCACAUGGGGCAUUGGAUACUGUGUUCAGAAAGGUGCAUGCUGCAGUUGAGAACCAGUUCAUUGAGAUUAAAAAUCGCUUAGAGAGCUCGAGACGGAAGCAUGGUGUGAAGUACAACGGAUUUCUGUUUCAACAUCUUACCGGUCGUGUUUUACAUCAUGCUUUGCACCUUAUUUUAGAAGAGCAGAAAAGGAUGUGGGAGUUGAGUGUUGAAGUGUAUGAACGUUGCGGUGGUGCUUUGUUGACGACCCAUGGACUCCCAUGUGCUUGCACCAUUUUCACAGCUAAUCAAUGUGGUGUUGGGUUGUACAUUGAUUUGAUUGAUCCAUUUUGGAAGACCUUGCGGAUUAGGGAAGGGGCGAAUAUUCCCCAGUUCCUCGAGGAGACCGCACAGGAUGCAGAUCACUUUCGAGUCCUAGUUGAUGAGGUAUUAAAUUCUGAUGUUGCAGUUAUUAGAGGUAUUUCGAGCCUGAUUCAUGAUGAGUUGCACCGUGAGCACGCUGGUCAUGUGAAACCAGACCCUAAUGUGAGUAGGAGAGGGAGACCACCUAACGACAGAAACUCCACUACACGAAAUCUGAGUCACGUAGAGCAUGUGCGUAGAAGUGGUAGUAGGGGUCGGGUUCGUGGUCGUGGUCGUGGUCGUGUUCAUUCUGAGGCGCGGCCGACUGGAAUUUACUCAUCUUCCUCGUCAUUCUCGUUGGGUACUUUUACGAGUGUUGAUCAUUUGGCAGGGCACUUUAAGGAACAGAUACCAAACCUCAUAUAUCCAUUUCUUUGUGGAUUUAACGAUGUUGAUGGGGAUGGUAACUGCGGGUUUCGAUGUAUUGCUCACUAUGGCUAUGGUGAUGAGGCUCGGCAUCGAGAGAUUUGA